AUGAAUUUCGGCGUAGACAAAGAUAGUUCAUUAAUUGAUACAUCAGUUUUACCAAAUGAUAUAUUUACACGUGUGGAUGAUGAUUUUUUUUCUAUUGUUAAAGCAUUAGCCGGUGAUUCAGUAUUCAAUAUUUUACGGAUACACCUAAUUAAUUCGGCAAGAAAACUGUUAUCUACACCUGAUGUAUUCGCAUUUUUUCAAAUUGAAUCUGAAGAAACAGAUAAAAUAAAAGCUGAAUCUUAUUUUAAAUCUAAAACUGGACAACAUUUUGUUAAACCCGGUAUUCAAACCAGUUUAUCAUAUUUAAUCAAAUUAUUAAACCAGAAGCUAAAAGAAGAAUUAACACUAAAUGAAAAUAAUGAAACUCGAGAUACAUUUAUAUCUAACGAGUUUAUUGACAAGCAUCCGCUUUUAAAAUCUUUAAUUAGAUGGUAUCAACAAAAUGACUCGGAAAACAACAACAAAGCAAAUAGAUACACUGAAUCAAUUAAAAAAUUUGCCAUAUGCUUAUAUAUUUUCGGUGGUAAACAAUGCUAUGAGUUCGUUCGUUUAAAUAUGCCUGGUAGUAUACCGCAUUUGUCAACACUUGGUGACUUAAUUAAUAUAUCGAAUAUGACUUUAACUGAAGCAGAAUUUAAAUUUGACUCACUUCAAAAGUUUCAAUCAGGCUUUGGAUUUUGUUCUGAAGAUACUACUGGUGUCAUUCCUAAAGUUGAAUACGAUUCGUCGACAAACUCAUUCAUUGGAUUUACAACACCAAUUGUUGAUGGUAUUCCAUUGACGAAACAUUAUCAAGCUGAUACAUUUGAUGAUUUUAAAAUCAUUUAUAGUACCAAUAAAACAGCACCAUUAUUGAAUGUGCAUAUGUUCCAAAGUAUAUCAACAGAAGAUGAUCCAACAAAUUUUCCGAAACCAGUUUUACUCUCUGCUUAUGGUGUUGACAACAAAUUUACAGCUAUGGAUAUUUUACGACGAUGGAUGUAUAUUUUUGAACGUUGUUUAGAUAAAGAUGUUCGCAUUAUCGGAUUUUCUACAGCUAAAUUUUAUUUAUACAAUGUUCCUCUCAAAUGUAUCUUAAUUGUAAAUAGAUGCAGAUAA